CCUCUUCCCCUCCAUCCCACCCGCCCAGUCUGAUUUUAUCCCAUCCCCUCCCUUUUUCCUCUCCCUUCUUCCCUUCCCUUCUUCCUCUCCCUUCUUCCCUUCCCCAUCCCUCAUCAAGUCCCCCGAAAGAGAUUCAGCCGGGGCCCCGAACGCUUCCCAUCCUCCCACAAGUGUCGGGAACUAAUGCCUUUCUCACCAGUUCAAGUGAAAGAGAGAAUUUACCAUGCCAGGUAAAGGGAAAAAGUCAAAAGCCCGGGGCAAGUCCGUUAAUGAGAAGAAACAGAAAAAGCCUGAAGUGGACAUCCUCAGCCCGGCUGCCAUGCUGAACGUGUAUUACAUCGCCCACAAUGCUGCCGACUGCCUGACGUUGCGCGGUUUCCGCUGGUCUGGUGCUACCAAAGGGACGAAAGGAAAGAAGAAUGCUAAGAUACCACCAUUAACAGAUCUCUAGAAUGAGUAAUGCUAGCUGUUGGUUGGAGGCUGUAUCGGGAUAGUGAAACCAUGAAAUACAUGUACAAAAAAUCCCAUAAAGUCCAAUGUGCAAGAUGAACAACGAGCGCUAGUACUGUAGUUCAGGAUAAAGACAUGUUCAUUUAACAGCCGGUGCCCUUGUAAGUUUAGCCUUGACCUCGGAAUUUUUUUUUUCCAGGUAUGGGAGGCAAAGUCAUCUUUAAGCAAUUCUAAUACUGUGAGAGAAAAUUCAGAGUACUCUGACUGUAAGCCUCAUUCUGGGUCAGAAUUAAAUCUUGCUCUUGGAAAGCCAA